AUGCGGGCAGCGACAGGAAACGGCGGCUUCCUUGCUGCCUCUGUGCGUCCGCUUCUCGGGGUCUUUGGCGUGGCAGCGUCCCUUUGGGCUGUCCCGACUCUCUCCUCAUUGCAGCCAAACGAGGUUCUCGAUGCAGAAGGAUGCACGGCCGAACAGGACUUCACGCUGAUCUUCCUUGCCACAGACACUGACAAGUCCUUCCAGUGCCCGGGGAACUGGACGCUGGACCCUUCGCUGACUGACGCUUACCAGGAGAAUGGCUCUAAACAGGACCUAGACUCCAUUUUUUAUGGAGCUACUGUGAAAAACUCCAAGAACGUUUACACGUUGACGCUUCCGGAGAGCCCAGAUCGCGAGAUGAAGACUUGGUACUACCUAUGCAAGGCUCCAUCCAAUAACGAGGAUUCCCUAGAGAGCGAUACCGUAAAACCAGAGGUCUCACCAGGUCUCGACAAUACCCAUGACAAAAACCUCGACCGAAACGAGGCCGUUGGUAACGGUAAUCAUGGAGGAAGCGGAGGAGACUCUUCGGGUCACGAGGGCAAGGAUGGCAAUAAUAACGAUUCUCUUAUAGGGCAUCCAGACAACGGUAGCCGUCCUGAGCCCCCUCCUGGCUCAGAACCUGGCGUUGGCGGUGCUGGCGUACCCGGUGCAGGUGGGAAACCCGUUGAGCCUGGCUCCUCCAAGGAGCAGGGUCCCGCUAAAAACCCUAACUCGCUGCUCCCAGAGGGCGCCGCCUCCGGGGAUCAUGCUCUUGACGCCAGCGGCCCAAACGGUCCUAAUCCCGACAACAAAGGUGACAGCUUGGAUGAAAACCUCGAAGGCCCCCAGGCCAGUGACGGCGACGUAGGUGACCUCCAGGCCGCUGGGCAGGGUAAAGGUGAAGACAGCAGCAGCAGCCAUGUAACUGUCGACAAAGACGACACCGGAAAGCAGCAAGAGGUUAAUCAUGGCGUCGUUGGCGACCCUGAAGCCAGGAGUCCACUUUUUCUCGCCCGGGGACGUGCGUCGCCGGCGGAGGCCCCUCAGGCACAGCGGAAGCAGUGCAGGAUAACCAUACAGGUCGUUCCGUCCUCCCUGAUCGAGUGCAAUGCGGGGGAGACAAAGACGGCAAGCGUGUCAGCUGCGGGACGCUCCCUCACGAUCAGAUGCGGUGAAGGACUGAAGUGGGAACCUGCAGCGCUGGAUCAGGUGUUCGACGACGCGGACGGGAAAUGUGCGUCCCAGGUCCCUCUCAACACCCUUGUCCAUGGAUCCGUCUCUGCCAAAAGUGACAGCCCGGGCGCCGAAACGACACCGAGCGACCAUACGUUGAAAAUUGACGAGCUGCCGACCACGCCGAGAGCGCUCUGCUACAAGUGCAUCGACGCGAGCCAGGGAGAGGCAGUUGAUCCCGCCACUGCAACACCAAAGGAAUGCGUGACUCGGAUCACCAUCGCAUCAGUGGCGCAUGCGGCAACGUCCGUGGCGGCCCCAAUCACACUUUUUACCGUCGUGGGGACCUAUAUUGGCAGCUACUGA